AUGGAUGAGCACGGGGUGCCUUUCCCCCAUCUGGAAAGAGGAACAAAUCAGGGCCCGUCGUCUGCAAAGAAGCUACAGCUGAAAGCCUAUGCGAAGACUGAUGCCGAGUUGCCGGAGAGCCAACGCCAGACGGGGAAGGACUGCAUCCCAGUGAUGGUGAGCAUCACGGCGCCUUCCGGAAUGGAAGCGCAGCGGGAGCCCGUCGACCUUGUCGUCGUCCUCCAUGUCCGCAAAGGCCGCAAUGUGCCGGAGAAGUGGCAGGAACUGCUCAAAGUGGCCCUGGAGAUCGUCACUGGGAAGCUCGACACCAAGGACUGUCUGGCUGUCGUACCCUUCAUGCCAAGCUUAUUGCCGAUGUCCGAAAAAAAUGCCAAAGCUGUAUUUGAAAAAUAUAAACCGGAAAGCAUCCAAACCGACACCUCGCUAGUGAUAGAUCUGGAAUCCGCCGAAUCGAUUUUCAAUGGUCGGACAUACGAGGAUAAGAAGAAGCGCGCUGGUUAUAUCGUCGUCAUUUCCAACAGCGAGGAUGACAUAAACUCCCUCCUUACCUCGAGGUUCCUCAGUGUCCACGCCUUCGGCUUCCGCGGCGCGCACAAUGCAUGGACCAUUCACACCAUUGCCAGCAGCCGGGAUUGCAGUUACGCUAUCUUGGACGACGAGCUCGGCCGGAUCACUCAAGCCUUCGCUGCCACCAUCGACAGGAUCACCUCCGCCGUAGCCGUCAUGCCAAUAGAGAUCCAGCUUAGGUGCGAAGAGAAGGUGCAUCUAUCUGGAUUAAUCGGCUCCCCCCGCAUCAGCUACUCCAUCUCCGACAACAAGAAGAAUGGUACCAUCUGGCCCCGGGCUCACCUCCCUGACGUGCCGACCAACUUCGUCUUCCUCCUCUACACCGGCAACCUUAGGAACGACGAAUGCAUAGAUUUGUCCAAGGUGCUCAAAGUUUCUGCCAAGUACUACCAGAAUCCGAGAGCGUCCCAGGCGCGGACAACAACAAACUUCCCCAAAGGCCAAAACGGCAUCGGGGAAGUGCUGGGCGAGGAGGUGGAGGUGGUCACCGUCUCAAAGGACAUGCCCGGAUCCAAGGAGGUGGCUGCUGAGAUCGUCCGGUUAGAGGCUGUUAGAAUCAUCCAUGAAAUCAUUGAAGAGAAUACACCAGACUGGGAUCAGCUCCGGGCCGCCGCUGUAAAGCAGCGCGACCGGUGGACCAAACUAGAGAAAUACAAUGAAGGUGACGAUGAGGACGGGAAAAAAAAUCUGGAGAUAAAAGAGGUCCUCGGUGAGAUAAUCCUUGAGAACAAAACUGAUUGGGAAAAGCUCCGCGGCGCGGCAGACAAGCUGAGAAAAGGAUGGAUCACACUCAAGAAUUCGAGAUGCGGUUUGGCGGCGGGAGAGCUAAUAUCCAGUCUCUCCUUGGAGAUGCAAGAGAUGGAGACGAGGCUGUAUAAUAACUACAUGUGGCCUGAGUACCUACUAUCGUGGAAGUCACACCAGUGGUGGCAACUUCCUCUGCCACCACUCUUCAUGGACAAGCUAGACACUGAAGAUGAUCCUCUUCUGCGGCUGAGGAUAACUGCAAAUGUCGAUGAUAUCCCAAGGCACAAGAAAGGCCUCCCGGUGCUGGUGCAGGUCAUGGCGCCAGAGGUGGGGCUGGCCAAGGCGAAGCGUGCACCAGUUGAUGUGGUCGCCCUGCUCGACACGGAGAAGAAAACUAAGAAGAAGCGGGAGCUGCUCAUCAAGGCCAUGGAGGUCAUCAUGGACAAGCUUGGCCACCAGGACCGCAUCGCCAUAAUACCCGUCCAAACCGGCACCACCCAACCUGCAGCUCGGUUCAUGGACAUGUCUAAACAAGGCCGGAGGGAGACCUCCAUCAAGUUGAAGUCUAUCGUGGUCAAGAAACCAGCCCCGGCCGCGCCUUACACUGUCCCUAGCGCCACGCAGACAUCACACGGGAGAGACCACAGUAAAUUCAUCAAGUUCAUAACGAACUGCCUCGGCAUUGCCCCCACCAACCCGCCCGCGCUCAUCCCCAGUCCCGUGCCCUCAGGAAGUGAUGUUGUUACCGAUGAUGGCACCAAGCUGUGGGAGGCAUUGAAGGAUGCUGAGAAGCUAUUGGAUGCCCACCGAAAAAAGGACCAUAUCGGCUUCAUCAUCGUCAUCUCCGACAGCAAUGGUGACUUCGUCCGCCAAGAAACUCUGACAUCAAAAUACACUAUGCAUGCUUUCGGCUUCCGUGAGUGUGGCCCACACAACAUUAGGGCCAUGCACUACAUUGCCAAUAGCUCCAGCGAUGGCAUCUAUGCCAUCAUCGAUGAUCACCUGAAUCAGGUCACAUGUGCCUUCAAGGCAUGUAUCAACAAAAUCACCUCCACACUCACCGUACUACAGAAGUUGAAAGAGGCAGCUAUCUUUGUUGGUGCCCUAUACGCUGGUGCGGUGAGGAAUUUCAUAGUGUAUGUGGACAAGGUUGACAUGGUUAGCGAAGAGGACUAUGCCAACUUCUCCAAGUUAUUCACGAUUGAUGUAAAAUGGUUGAAUGCGUUCACCAGCAAAGAUGCCCCAGCAAAUUCAGGAGCUUUGCCAAGUGUCAACGACUCUGCCGAGCACAAGGAGAAGCUCGAUGGAAAAGUGUUCAUUGUGAGGGAUGGAUCUAAUGAAUCCAAAGAGGUAAUGACGGAUAUUAUUGUCCGUUUCAAGGCUGUCAAAAUCAUCCAUGAGGUUACUAAUCCCAAUUACAAGAAAGAAGUGUUAAUUGAAAGGCUACAAAAUAUUUGCCACGGUAACACAAGACUGGUAAGGGAUAUUCAGACGAUGGUGGCCAACUUGCGUAGGGAUAUAGAUAUUCUAUCGCAUAUGCUCUCGUGGGAAACAUUUCAAGGAUUGUCUGAAUAUCCACCCAUGAAAUAG